UCUAGAUUGUAUUUAUGUUUUAAAGGUGCCCAAGGUGUGCUAUAUUUAUCUGUUAGUAAUGUUAAUGUGCUUCAUUGUAAUUAUAUUGGUCUCAGUCAAAACACUAUGGUCCUAUAAAGACUGAUGAUCUGUCACCAAUUUUGACUAUAACAAUAGACUGGUGAUUGUGGCAUGAAACAGUCAACCUACUAAUUGUACUUCACACAAAUGAUGGUUAGAAAAAUAAUCAAUGCACUGCAUUACUAGACAUUACUUAUUCAACAAAUUCAAAGAUAACAUAGGCAAAGCUUGGCCCAGAGACCUAAUGGUGUCAUGAAUACGACUGAUAAUUAUCUUUCAACAUGUUAUCGUGCUGUAUAACGUGCACUUCGAUAAGUACUACUUCCGAAGGAACGCAAUGGCAGGUAGGCGGCGACGUAGUGCACACGUGCUCGGAAGUAAGCAAGGAAAACGUAAUGUCGUUCUCUGGUGAGUUGUUUGUUUGGUGAUAGCACUGGCUUCGUAAUCGAAAUUAUAUUUUGGGAGUACUUGUCAUGGAAACAUGUUUGUGCUGUUCGCUCAUCUAACAAGACGAACCGUUUGCAAGUGAAGUGAGCGAGCGUCAAGAUAGUGGGGUGCAGGUGCACGUUAGCAAGCUACCUGGCUAGCAACUGCAAUAUAUAACUAUGGCCUAGACACAUUUUGUAGUGGUCAUGAAUUAAUAACCACUCAUUUUUAUUUUGAGGAGACGAGAAUGCCUACCCGACACAACAGUGUAUGUCAGCAACAUGGCAUUCACCAGCCUUUUUUUCAAGUCUUCCAAACAAAGAAUUUGACACGGCGCCUUGUGAGCCGAGAGAAAGAUUUCAAAGGGAUGAAAGGCAACUGUAACCAGUUAAACUGGAGGUGAACGAAAGGGAUGCCCAGUCCAGAAAGUGGCCAUUGCAAAGGUGUCAGCAGAGUGGCCCCAGAAGAGGAAAAAAGGGGACCAACAGGAGCAGUGUGGUCAGGCCAAGAAAAGUAAGCUCCAUAAAUGCCCAACACAAUCUUAUAAAGACUUUGACUCUGUGGCCCGAGACUACAACAUGGUGAAGUGUGAUUUCGAGCAACCAGGCUUUGACUUCCGAAGAGACCUGGACUUCUACAGUGAUAGCAAGGAGGGUGCAUCCCCAGGUCAUGCUACAGAGAAGGAUCCUGAUCAGAACAAGGAUGUUCAAGGUGUAAACGAGAAGAUAGGACGGGAGCAGAAGAAGCAGCGAUGGGAGCCCCAGCAGCAGAGACUUGACAGCCAGAGGCAGAGGGGGAAACUCUGCCAGGAGGGGUGGGGAUUUUACCGGAAUGGGUAGACGCGGAACUAACCAGCCCAGAGACUUCUCCAACAGGGGCGCAGGUGGUUCCAACAGGGGCGGAGAGUGGAGCAAUAGAGGCCAGGGCUAUGACAAGAGGGGUGGUUUUCUCAGAAGAGGUGAUUGGUCAAAGCGAGGCACUGACCGGUCACUUAGAGGUGGCCGACAGUUCCCAAAUGAUGAAACUUUGACUGGAAAGGGGAAGAAGAACAUGACAAAGGAAUUCAAAGACCAGAAUGCUUUGGAGAUUGACGGAAGGUUAAUCUGUCGACAUUUCCUCAGGGGAAAGUGCAUAAAGGGUGAUGACUGCCAGCUAGAACAUGCUCUGGAUGUCAACUACUCGAUCAACGAAGUGUGUAAAUUCUACGUCCAGGGAUCCUGUUCGAAAGGAGAGAGCUGCAUAUACAUGCACAAGAGGUUUCCCCUGCAAGUGCUUCCAUACUUAAGAGAAGUGCUACCAAGGAGACCAGUGCAGGCAUUGAAGAGGGACAAGGACAUUGAGGAACUGGCUAAAAACGACAAGUCAAUCAGCAUGGAGGAGCCAGUGGCCACAAAGGAGUCGGCGACAGCUGAGGAGACAAAGCCUGGCAUUGACAUAUUCCUGAAUCCUCUUAGGCCAAACUUUUACAACAGCUCAUGCCCCUCUGAGCCACAUGCUGAGGAAUGUACCACCGUGUAUCAGAAUGAAGUGUCAGCUGAGGUCGUGGAGAAAGAAAUUGCCCCUCCUACAGCGUCCGUUUGGUCUCCUGAUCCUCCCCAAAACUCUGGCUUUAAGGAACCGGUUUCUUAUUCAGUUGAGGCUGUGCUUGGGUCCCAUAGGCCCCUGGAUAAACCCUUCCGGAGCUUCUUUGCAGCCUCUAUCAGCCAGACCUCACAGACCCAACCAGAUCCCCCCACAACUACAUUAGUUCCUCCAGACUCUAGCCACCCUCGUGAUCCACCCCUAAACUCUAUAUGCAGCAAGAGAAAUGUUCCUUAUUCAGUUGAAGCUGUGCUUGGAUUCCAGAAGCCUGAAGAAAAACCCUUCACACUCUCCACACAGAUCCAAUCAGAUCCCCCCAGCACUACAUUAGUUUCUCCAGACCCAAUUAGUUUGUCUGAUCCUCGUCUAAAUAAGAGGCAGGCUUCUUAUUCAGUUGAGGCUUUCUCUACGGCCCAGAAGCCAGUGAAAAACCCCUUUUGCAGUCUCUUUGCAGGCACGAUCAGCCAGACCUCCACUACACCUCUCAUACAGAACUCUGCUAAUUCACCCAUCAACACCCCAGGAUGUAAGGGACUAGCUUCGUAUUCAGUUAAGGCUGUUCUAAAGUCCCACAAGCCUGUGGAUAACCCCGUCCGCAGCCUCGUUGCAGGCCCCAUCACCCAGUUCUCUCGCCACCCUGAUAUACAGACCCAACUAGAUCGUCCUAGCACUACAUUAAAUCCUCCAGACUCCAUUCGGCCCCCUGAUCCUCCUUCAGUCUAUAAGAGGCCGGCUUACUAUUCAUCUAAAGCUGUGCUUGGAUCUCCUAAACCUUUGAAACCAUCCUUCAGCAGCCUCUUUGCAGGCCCCAUCAGCCAGAAAUCUCCCCAACCUCCCACACAGACCCAACCAGAUUCCCCUAGCGCUAUAUUUGGUCCUUCAGAUUCUGCGCCUCAUGCAGGCUGUAAAAGGCCGGCUUCGUAUUAUGUUACGUCUGUGCUUGAGCCCGAGAAGCCUGUGGAAAACCCCUUCUGCAGCCUUUUUGCAGGAAUCAUCAGCCAGACCACUCUCGACCCUCCCGCACACUCUCAAAACUCCCCAGGUUGUAAGGCACCAGCUUCUAACAAGCCCAUGGAAAAACCCUUCCUUAGCCUCUUUGCAGGCCCCAUCAGCCAGACAAACCUCCCAGACAGAUGCAACCAAAUCCCCCCAGAACUGCAAUUGGUCCCCCAGACCCCACUCGGUCUUCUGAGCCUCUCCCAGUCUGCAGGAGACGGACAUUCUCCGUUGAGGCUGUCAGUGAGUCCCAGAAGUCCAUGGAAAAACCAUUCCGUAGCCUCUUUGCCGGCCCCCUCACACAGACCUCCACUUCCGGCAAAUCCAACACAGACCCAACCACAUCCCCCUAGAAAUUUCACUGGUUGUAAUAGACCAGCUUCUGAUUCAGUUGAGGCUAUGCUUGAGACUCAGAAGCCAGUGGGAAAACCCAUCAGCCAGACCACCCUCCCUGACCCUCCAACACAGACCCGGCCUUAUCCCCCAAUAGUUGAGCCUAAACCGGAGGUGCCAGACCCAACACCGCUCACCGCCAUCCACAACCCAUUCUGUUCUGAGGACCCUCUUCCUACGCCUGAGCCCAUGCCGCCAUGAGGGGGAGCAGGCGAUCAGUAACAGCUGCAAAGAUCCAGGAGGUGAUGGCCUGUGUUCCAGUGAAGACAAAAUCACCAGAGGAUCUACUUCCACAGGACAGCAGAGCCAGGAGGUGGUUGAGGAGCCGGAGAGUGAGCGCGAGGAGCCAGAGAGUGAGCGGGAGGAUU